AUGAAGUUCAACGCUGCAUUGUCCAACGUUCUGCUGGCGGCCUCGGCCGUCGUGGCAGCCCCCACGUCAACUCUUGAGGUCGGGCCCUCUCGUGUCGACUCGGCCAUCGAGAAGCGUUCAACCACCUUCUGUGGCUCUUUCGGUUCCGAGACUGCUGGUCCAUAUAUCUUCUACCACAACAACUGGGGAGCAAGUGCGGCCUCCUCAGGCUCGCAAUGCACCACUUUCAAUGACCUUCAGAGUAACACUGCCUCCUGGUCUACCUCAUGGACCUGGGCUGGUGGCAGCAGCUCUGUGAAAUCGUACUCCAACGUUGCUCUUCCGAACGUCAACAAACAGCUCAAGUCUGUGUCGACGAUCAACUCAAUUUGGAAGUGGAGUUACACCGGCUCUUCCAUCGUCGCAGACGUCGCUUACGACCUGUGGCUCGCCCCCACAUCCGGCGGCACCAACAAGUACGAGAUCAUGGUCUGGCUGGCCGCCUACGGCGGCGCGGGCCCCAUCUCGUCCACGGGCAGCACACCCAUUGCCACCACCACCAUUGCUGGCCACACUUGGAAGCUGUACUCCGGCCCCAACGGUGACACUACUGUGUACUCCUUCGUUGCCGACUCAACCAUCACCAGCUUCUCAGGCGACCUGAACUUGUUCUUCAAGUACCUCACCAGCAGCCAGGGCGUUUCGACUUCGAUGUACAUCACCUCCCUGCAGGCCGGCACCGAGCCCUUCACCGGCUCCAACGCUGUCAUGACCACUUCAUCCUACACCAUCAGCGUUCGAUAG